AUGGCAACGGCCAGCUCUGCAGCAGAGCCACUUGCUAUUUCGAGCGCCUCACGUCAACCACUCCUCCCCAGAACCCAAUCUCCCAACUCAACCAUGUCGAAGAAACAGCUCCGGCAUAAAGGCUCGUUUGUCCUGCGGACCUCAUCAGAAGACCUCGGGAGCCCCCACGAUUCGAUAUUCAAUGCCUCAUAUUUUUCAGUCAGUGAUGAGAAUAGCAACAGACAGGAACCUGUUUCAGCAGCACAAAAAGCAGCAGCAGAAGAAAAUACCAAGGCACGAGAAGACAAAAUGCCAUCCAUUGUCAUACCAGACGUUCCAUUUCUCUACGGCCAGGGCACAAUGCUGACGACCAUUACGGAACAAAAGAGUAACCUCACUAUGAGAUCUAUCACACGCACAAAGUCUGUCGACCAUUUGUGCCCGACCAAGUCUCUCACCCAUCAUGACAGUUUUUGUGUUUCCAAGGUCCCACGCCGAAAGCAAUCCUUCAGUUGUGACGAUGUUGCCCUCAUAAAAUCAGCAUACCAUGAUGCUUGUACCACAAUCGAUGUCAACGAAGGCAGUCCAACUCAGUCGAUACACGAAAUAUACGCACAACCAAGGGCACCUCCUCAUGCGCCACCUGCUAGGCCCUCAACACCACCAGGAAUGCCAUCUUGGACAGAUGGUCAAAUCCUACUUGCAGCUCCCAGACGUCGUGCCAACAACCAAGAAGCAAGUCGUUUCCGAAGAUGGUUUGGAUUUUCCAACUCACCAAACUCAACAAUAUCUUCAGGCAACUCACCUUUAUGCAAUACCCAGCAAUCACCUGCUAGAGUGCAAGGCGGCAUACAAGGUCGAUUACCACCACGAUUUCGACCACCAAGAAGUUCAUAUGCAACUAUCGAUUCACAUCCUUUCACUCGAGCUCCUAUCGCAGGAGUUCCUCCUCAAGCCCUGACAAUUCCUCCGACAAUGCCAAACACCAAACGCAAAAGAUUAGCACAAAGGGUUCGAUUUACCCCUCCCGCAACAGCUCGGGACUUGGGACUCAAUCUUGUCAGAACCGCAACUGAACCUACCAGCUCCUCUGCAGUCAUCCCAAACACUGUGAUUCAAUUGGAACCAGUUCCACAAAUGCAAGCCGUACCGAUGCCUGAAAAUCGAGAACCUCAAGUCACUUGCCCCCAUGGAAGAUCUAGACGAAUCAGCCUUAGGAAACUUCGAAGAUUUCGAACUCCUUCUGCGCCACCUCCUCCUUACACACCACGCUCUCCAUUUUCUAGCGCCCCCUUACUAGGAGGAUCCCCGAGCUCUAUUCAAAGCCCACAAGAAUAUGCCACCCCAACAUCCCUUAGAACCACAAAUACUCCACCAACCAAUUCCCCCAUACGACCAACCUCCAUCUUCCCCGGGAACCUCGACAUCGGGAACCCUUCGACAGAAAACCUCAUGUCUUCAUCCCCAUUCGACGCCGCAAACCAUUCUAACGGCGAAAAGAGUCGAUGGUGUUGGACGUGUAAAACGAACCGUGCUAUCGAAAUGGUCGGUCAUGCGUUGAUGAAUUCAUUUGAAUGCUGUCUCAUUGAGUAUUGUGGGUGCAAUUGGGAUGAGUGUACGGAAUUUUGUUGUGGGUCAAAUAGGAGAGAGGAAGGGAAUGGGAGAGGGAGGAUCCCGAGUGCAGGGUUCAGGUAUUUGGAUGGGUCUGGUUCGCCGGAGCUGAGGGCGCCGAGGAGAGUGGAGAGGGGGAAUGUGUGACGGAGAGGAAUUAA